UUGGAAAUUGUCAGGCUUAUUGUGUUCAAAAAUUCACGCUCAGAAUUCGCUCUACAUCGGCAUAUCUCCAACUUACCCUAUAUCAUUCUCACACACCCUACACAUUACGGAUGGUUUUCUUCCCUCGUUAUCUGCUCGCGCGUCUGUUAGCCCUAUGCGUUAUUCUACAUGUCGCUGUCGCCAUUCCUGUGGUCCACACUUCUGCAGGGAUUUUAGAACGACGCAAGCCCACAAAGGCUACACUUGACGAGUUUCGAAUGCUACAAAUCCGAGUUAUAGCUUUCGACGAGAACACGGAAAAGGUUGUUAGCGUAAACCCUAAUCUGCUUCGGGAAGAUCAUGACAAAUCGUGGCUUUGUAUUGGUUCCAAGUGUUUUCAUCUUAAAGCAUCGCCAUCAGGAUUGGAACCAGAAGAGAGGAUAAUGAAUGAGAAAGACCUGGGCCCAGGUCUUCCGAUCGGUGUCGUCUCCUUUUUGUCCCGAAGCCAGAGGGAUGAGAUAUUGAAAUCCUUUGGCACAAAGGUUAUCAAGGCGAAAGAGAACAACUUGUCGUACAUCCAGGAAGUGAUUGCGGAUUUGACCGCUAGCUGGAAAGAAGGGAUGACACUUGGGAUAGACAAUAGGCCUCCGUAUACUACCCACGAUUCUAAUUAUGUAAUCCUCAAUUUGCGGACAGUUCAUGUAUGUACA